AUGGAAACAGUGUGUGGAUUAAACGUGACAGAAGUAACUAAGGCCUUGGCUUCAAAUACUGGACACCAGCUUCUGAUCAUCGACUGCCGCUCAUUCAUGGCUUUCAACCAAGGCCAUAUCUUGGAGUCUGUGAACAUCCAUUGUCCGCCGAUAUUGAAGCGACGGUCGGGAGGUUUUAUAGCUCUAGAACACAUCGUUCCGUGUGAGGGCAAACGUUCUCAGCUUCUCAGUGGCUCAUUUUCUAACGUGGUUGUCUACGACGACAACACACAGGAACUCAGCCAGGUUGCCGGAGACUCCAAUUUAUUAUCUGUGAUAAAGAGUUUACUCAAGCAAGUUGAUAGACUCACCGUGCGCUUUAUUAUAGGUGGCUUCGAGGCUGUCCGAGAGGAGUGUCCAGUGUUGUGUAUCAACCAGGGAGUGACGCUGUCUCAGUGCAUCAGGGACAAGCUGACACAAAAGAAUAAAGACAGUACUAUCCAGACGGUGCCUGCAGAAAUACUACCUCAUCUGUACCUGGGAGACAUCUCCCACUCGUCGCAACGUCAACUGCUGGACCACCUUGGCAUUACUGCCAUGUUGAACGUGUCUUCAAGUUGUGAGAACUUCUUCCAGUCGCACUUUCAUUACAUGAACAUCCAGGUUAACGACAACAUGGACGCUGACCUUUUGUCAUGGUUCCCGAAAAUCAUCGACUUUAUAGACAGUGUUGCACAGCAAAAAGGGAAAGUACUGGUCCACUGUCGGGCAGGGGUGAGUCGGUCAGCCACCGUCUGCAUCGCCUACCUCAUGCAGAAACAGCACAUGUCUUUGGAUGCUGCCUUUGAGUUUGUGGUGUCCCGGCGACCCAUCAUAGACCCUAAUCUGAACUUCAUUCAGCAGCUGCAGAGGUUUGAAGCUUCUCUUCGCCCACGGCAACAGUCACAUUUCUUGCUGCCAUCUUUCACAGGCCUGACACAGGCAAAAUCAGCACCACCUCUCUCCACAGCCAACUUUGCUUUCUUCCAGGAAAAACCAGAUUGCAGUUUGCAUCAAGACAUGGACCAGUCAUCUACAUUGUCCAUACCAUCACUUCCGCAGCACGUAUCCUGUCUUCUACAUCCACAGUCUCCACAUCAUGUGUCCAGUAGCAUUAUUUUAGCCAACGAAAGACUUUCACAGACUAGUACCUCCAUUCAUUUCAACAACAAUGUACAGUCCCCCGCCUCUCGGCCAUUAUCACUUCCAUUAGUGCAGGUGACUAGUUCACUUUCUGCCCAGCAUCCGUCAAACCCAGAGAUCAAGUCUGGGUUAUCUUACCUCUCACCAUCUGCUCACCAGCCGCCAUCAUUGCAUGUCUCACCUUUCCGAAGCAUUUUCCACGAGUCUGCAGCAAGCGGUCAGUCAUGUCGUGACAGCUAUACCACUGCACCCAGAACCCCUAUUGCCAGCCAUCAGUUUUCAUUUCUAAGCUCUGACAUUGUGACCUGCCAAGCUCUUUCCAUUUCAUCAGAUUUAGCAUCAGCUUACCAGUGUCGGCCAACAACUCCUGGUGUCUUGGACACGAGUUCUGCAACAUUUUUAGGAUCGAAACAUUCAUUUCCUUCUGUCACUGUUCCACAUUCACCCCUGUCUCCAUUAGCAGUGCCCCUGUCACCGUUGCCAUCCUUUGGAUGA